GAAACGGCUGAGGAGCAAGUUUUCUCGGGCUGGGUCUCCUGCCACAGCAUAAAGGCGGGCAAGGGAGGGAGGCAGGCGAGGCGCCGCUCCUCUCUUCUCUUCCCUCUUCUUCCUCCACGCUGCGCCCCAAAAGCCGCCAGGAGCGAAAGGAAAGAGGAGGGAGGGGGCCUGCGAGAGAGAGAGGGAGGGAGGGAGAGAGAGAGAGGGAGGCGGCGGGCGCAUGCGCUGGGGCCCCGGCCGUGCCAUAUUGGAAUGAGGCGGCGAGCGGAGCGGAGCAAAGCAGAGCGGAGCGCCGGCCAGCUUUGCCUCGAGACCCGGACGGCAGGGAAAACUCCCCCGGAGAGCUUGUUGGAACAUACUAAAAGCCUGUGAAAAGAAAGUCGGCAGAGAGCAGAUGAGUUCAAGACAGUGACGGGGUGACUUCCAUUAUUUCCUGCUCUCAGAGAUUAUUGCCAGCUUGCUGUGGAGAUGAAUGGAGAACAACAGCAUGAGACAGGUACUGCAAUUAUGGAGCCUGGAGUCACAACAGAUGCAAGCUCUGGUGUGGAAGAACCAGAAUUCAAUUGGGAUGAGUAUUUGGAAGAUACAGGAGCAAUCUCUGCACCUCAUGGCUCAUUUAAGCAUGUGGACACUAGCCUACAAAAUGGCUUUUCCCCAGGCAUGAAACUGGAAGUUGCUGUUAAACCUGGCCCUGACACUUAUUGGAUUGCCACAAUCAUUACAACCUGUGGGCAAUUGCUACUACUGCGAUAUGAUGGUUAUGGAGAGGAUCGGAAAGCAGACUUCUGGUGUGAUAUCAUGACUGCUGACUUGCACCCAGUUGGCUGGUGUGAGCAGAACAAGAAGACACUGAAAGUUCCCGAAGGUAUCAAGGAUAAAAUUUCAAACCAGGUGGAAUUUCUUCAGCAGACUUUGAAAGGAGCAUGCAGUGCCCCUGCUAGCCUUCUUGAAGGGCUCCAUCGAGGGAAGAAUCCUUUGGAUCUCAUUGCACCUGGUUCGAGAUUAGAGUGUCAGCACACGCAAGAUACCCUGGGUGCUUGGAUAGUUACUGUUCUAGAAAAUAUUGGUGGAAGACUCAAGCUUCGUUAUGAAGGACUUGAAAAUUUAGAACAGUAUGACUUAUGGAUGUUCUACUUGGAUCCCUUUCUCCAUCCAAUGGGCUGGGCAACUCAGCACGGAUAUGUCCUUGAACCCCCUCUAGCUAUCAACCAUUUGAAGACUGAGGUAGAAUGGCAGGAAAUCCUAGCAAAAAUAAAAGAAGAGGAAGAAGAAUCAUUGGUGCCCACUGAUCUAUUUAAGGACAAGCCUAUUGUUGGAACCCACUCAUUCUCCAUGAACAUGAAAUUGGAGGCUAUUGAUCCAAAGGCUCCUUUUAUCAUCUCACCUGCGACAGUUACAAAGGUGUUUGAUGAUAAAUAUUUUAUGAUAGAAAUAGAUGAUUUGCGACCAGAACGUACCACCACCCGGUCUUAUAUCUGCCAUUUUAACAGUCCUGGUGUUUUCCCUGUGCAGUGGAGUUUAAAGAAUGGUUUGCAUCUCAGCCCACCACCUGGGUAUCCGGGACAAGACUUUGACUGGGCAGACUAUCUCAAGCAGUGUGGAGCUGAAGCUGCUCCCCAGAGCUGUUUUCCCUCACUAAAUUCUGACCAUGGUUUUAAGGAAAUCAUGAAACUCGAGGCUGUAAAUCCAGAAGAUCCAGAAGAAAUUUGUGUUGCUGCUAUUACAAAGGUGAAGGGUUCCUACCUCUGGCUACAGCUGGAAAGCUCUAAAUUGCCCAUCCCCGAUUGCAUAGUAAGUGUGGAUUCCAUGAAUAUAUUUCCAGUCGGUUGGUGUGAAACUAAUGGAUACCAGCUCAGACCUCCUCGUAGAGCAGUAGUGAACAAGGAAAAGAAAAUUGCAGUAGUGCAGCCAGAGAAACAGAUAUUGUCUUCAAGGGCUGUCCAUGAGGGGCUAAAGACCCAGGAACUCAACUCACCUGACACUGUAGUAACGAAUGGUAAAUACUACUGUCCAAAGAUCUACUUCAACCACCGCUGCUUCUCAGGGCCAUACCUUAACAAAGGUAGAAUUGCGGAACUGCCUCAGUCUGUGGGGCCUGGGAACUGUGUCCUUGUCCUUAAAGAGGUCCUGUCUCUGCUGAUCAAUGCUGCUUACAAACCUAGCCGUGUUCUUAGAGAAAUACAACUGGAAGAGGAGACAGCAUGGCAUGGAUAUGGAGAGACCCUGAAAGCAAAGUAUAAAGGGAAGAGCUACCGUGCCACAGUAGAAGUUGUGAGAACAGCAGAUCGAGUGACAGAGUUUUGCAGGCAGACCUGCAUCAAGCUGGAAUGCUGUCCAAAUCUCUUUGGCCCCCAAAUGGUGCUAGACAAGUGUUCGGAAAAUUGUUCUGUUCUGACAAAAACCAAAUAUACCCAUUACUACGGGAAGCGGAAAACCAAAAAGAUCGGUCGACCACCAAGUAUCCAUAGCAGCAUAGACGCAAGCAUGAAAAAAGCAAGCAGGAAGAGAAAGAAGCGGAAAAACCUCUUUGUUCACAAGAAGAAACGAUCCUCUACCUCUGUGGAUAACUCACCAGCUGGCUCACCUCAAGGCAGUGGUGGGGAAGAGGACGAUGACCAGGAUGAGGUGGAUGAAGAAUCUCUUUCAGAAGACAGUACAUCAGAGCAUCAGGAUGAGUCUGAAGCAUCAGAGAAGAAAUCCCUGUCAUCUUCCCCAACACAGAGUGAACGAUCACAUUUUGGAGCUCAGGACCGGGACAGGCAGAAAAGGAAACUACGUACCUUUUCCUUCUCAGAUGAUGAAAAUAAACCACCGUCACCAAAGGAAAUAAAGAUAGAGGUUGGUGAAAAGCUGCAGCUGGACAGCAACCCCCUGGGAUGGAGUGUGGCUGAUGUAGUGCGGUUCCUUAAAUCUACAGACUGUGCCCCAUUAGCAAGAAUAUUUUUAGAUCAGGAAAUAGAUGGACAAGCCCUUCUCCUGCUCACCCUUCCCACUGUUCAGGAAUGCAUGGACUUGAAACUUGGCCCAGCUAUUAAACUUUGCCAUCAUAUCGAAAGAGUCAAGUUUGCCUUCUACCAGCAGUUUGCUAACUGAAGUGGGCAGUUAAGUUGAAAUGGAAACGUUGAAGCACAACUGCAGCAUUUUGCUAUUCCUUCAAUAAGGGGAGCCAAGAAGAGUCAGAUGGAUACUGCAUAUUAGCAGUCUUGCACUUUUGAGGAGAUGAGAGAAUACUUGGUGCAAAAUUGUAAUACAAUCCUAGCUGUCGUCAGAGCAGUCUGCAGAUUUAGGAAUGUAGUUAAUACAUGCUCAUUCUGUACAUCAAGACUCUUUUUUAUGAAUAAAGGUGGUUACAAUCUCUCCUCUAAGGGGAGAAUGUUUUCCUCAAGUUUUAGUCAAAAUAAGGACAAAUUGUUGCCAUGUGGAAGAAAAUGCAAAUUGAUGGAAAUCCCCUUACCAUUUGUAGAACUGCUACCAUUUAUUGUGUCUUAAAAAUCAUUUUUUUUAAAAAACGAAACUAGCUGAUUGCUAAGAGAUGUGAUGCAGAGAAAAGCCUGGAAAUGAAUGUGCAUCCAGAUCUCCUUGUGGUUUUUAUUUGGAGCUUAACCUUGACCUCUACGCCAGUAGAAAAUCUUUGAGGGAGUAUAAUUAUUUGGAGAAGGGCACAUAUGGUUAUGCAGCAACUGCUUUUCUGCAGCCGGAAUAGGGAGGGAUACCAACAGGUUUUCUCAUAACAGACUCUUGCCUUUAACAACUACCUGAAAGCCACACAUUCGAAAAGUAAAACUCAUUGUCAUUAAGAGCUCAUGACAGUAAAUGUUGUGCUUGCAUUUCUGUCAGUCACAAAGCUGGUGAAAAAGCAAGGUGAGGGGAAUUGCGGAGUAGAGGUUUAAAUAUUAGUAUGUGGCUCUGUUUUACAGAUAAGCUACAAUCUAAUUUUUUGUGGAAAAGUGCACAGAAAAAGACACUUUAAUAUCAUUUUUUAAAUAUGUUAGUAAAAUAUUGCAUGUUACGUUUUUCUAGGGAAAAUGCCAUGAUGGUUAUUAACUUUUCUCUUGUUCUUGUUUUCAGGAAAGUUGACAUUGCAUUUAUAGAGUAAGAAUGAAUAGACCUCCUAUCAGUUCUCAGAUACUAAGAACUUCUGCUAACUGUAGUUGUUCAGUAAAAGCAUGGGUGAAAAUGUCUUUCCUCUUCUAGCUAAGUAUAUAACAGAACAUUCAUGUUCUUUUAUGGCACAGUUCAUGUGGCAUAUGUUGAUGGUAUGUGCCCAUUAGGAGAUGAGCCAAUCCAUGGCUUUUGCCAUGUCUUUGUGGCAUAAUGUAGAGAAAACCAUAAUGUAGAUAUAAUGUGCUGACCAAUGGUUAUCUUUAGAGCAGCCAAUUGUUGAAGCAUGCUAUUGAAGAAUUAAUAGGUUUUUAUUCCUGUAAAACAGGCCCAAAUUAUGAAAUGAGCACCCCUGUUUCUAUCCAUGAUUUUUGUGAAUGUUGAUUUGGAAAUAUCACCUGGUCUCUUCAAUCUAUGGAAUUUUUUUAGAUUAAACAGGCUUUUUCCUCCUAAAAAUGUGCAACAGUAUACAAGAAGCUGUUUAAAAAAAGAGGUCUGGGAUGUCUUAAAAGACAUUCCUCAUUAACCUGCCUAGCUAUUUAAGACUCUUAGGUAUAGAUGGAGGGAAGGAUUGUCGAAUUUCAACCAAAGCAAGUUUAGUAUGCAAAAUGCUAUGUAAUGAACACAUGGGCAGAAAUGCAACUAGACUUGUAUGUUGAAAGUAGUAUGGCCCAGCCGAUUCAUUUAUUUAUGAGGAAAUAUAUUUGUGUCUAUGUGUGGGUAUGAAUGCCACUGUCUUAGCACUGGAAAGGAAAUCAUUUUUUUCAUAAUUUGAACUCAGUGUUAUUUUUUAUUUUAUCAGGUAUGCACCUUUGGUAGACCUUCUGAAAAAGUAAUCUGUAGGGGAAUCUUAAGAACUUCAUAUAAAUUUAACUCCCCAUAUUGCUGUAAAUCGUGUCUGAUGCACAGAUAGAUGGUAGGUUCCUGGGAUAUAUUUAUAGGCUGAUUUCUGUUGUAAUUUAGCAGUUUGGAUUUGUUUUAGGAACUUUCAAAGAAGAAAGAUGCUUUCAGCUGUUGGUUACUUUGAGUCAUUUCUAUGCAACACACGGGUACUUGUGUACUUCAUUUCUUGAAGCAAUGUCCAUUUAUUUGGGAUUUAAAGGGUUGGAUGCAAUCUACAAGCCAUCACUCCCUAAAUAGCCCGGGAAUAUUCUCUGGCUUCAGUAAAAUGUAACUUCAUCAACAAACCCUUCAUCUCUUAUCAUUUAUGAGCCAAAUGGGGUCAAUUAAAGUCUUCUCUGACUCAGUACUGAUAGGACAUUCAAAUGCUUUUGAGUUAUUGUAGUGCAGUUGGGGAUCGGGCAAGUCUGCAAAGUAAGAUAACAUUGUAUAUUUUUUACUAUGCCAAUGACAUUCUAGUUAGGAAAAAGUGUAUGUACCUCAUUAUACUUUCUCCAAAGCAAAGAGCAGAGGAAAAUAGACAUAAUUGGUGACUUGGGGGGGGGGGGGGGGUUGCUAUACAACGUCUACACAAAGAUAACAAAAGUCCUUCUGCCCAUUUUUAAUGGUUUUAAUGGUUUUUCUGUUGACAAGUAAACAGAAAAAUGUUUACUUGUCAACGCUAACAAGUCUAGAGUUACACUGCCUUGAAGUAAUAUCAGAAUAAAUUGAAAAUAGCCCUGGUCUAAUUUUAUUCCAUUUAUUUGCCAUUUUGAUAAUGCUAGAGAUUUGUGAGAAAGAAAGCAGAAAAACAGUGACAUCCAGACUUGGUUCGGAAGAAGGCAGGUUUUGGGAAGGGAGAAAAAAGAUUAAAGUUUGCAGUUGCUUUGCCUGCCAUGCAACUUUAUAUUCUCUUUUAAGAUAAUGGAAGUUUUAACUUGGUCCCAUGAAUAUUUUGCAGAAAGGCAGAAUUAGCCACUUACAAAAUUUAUAGCAAUGCAGUAGAGUACAUCAUUUAGUUCUAAAUUCAGCACAUAUUUUUCAUGUGAGAAGACCUUUUUAUGUCUUAAUAGCCAAAGGCUAAUCAGCUCUAAAAAGCUUAGUACCUUAGUAGAAGGAUGUGCAAAUAUGCCAAAUUGUGAAAUUGAAAACCAGGAUAGACAAAGUCUGUUUGCCUCGGCCACUGUGUUUUCUUCUGUACAUAUUGUGAAGCUUUAUAAAAUUAACACAGAAUGUGUUGCCAAAUUUUACCCAGGAACAAGAUUCAGUGUUUUAAAUUAAGCUCUCUUGAUGCAGUGUCCAGCUUUGCCUAAGAUUGUUGCCUACUGUGAACGUUUUCAAAAUACCCAAAAUCUGCUAAGCACAAAGGGAGUGAGUUUGGCUGAAAACCGGGUGAGGGUAAGCUUGACUGCAUACUACAAGCUCAUAGUGGAAUUAACCCGCAAAUCAUAUGUAUGUUCUCUGUUGCUGAAGGAAGAUUUAUGACUAAAGGCCAGAAUAGAUUUUGAGUGCACAAUAAUAAACAUAAACCUCAUUAUAUAAUGCAGUGGUAUUUUGCUACAUGUGCACUAAUCUAACCCUAUGGUGGCUGGAUUUGCAACAAAUGGGUUGUAUAGCAAAUACCACUAAUGUGAAUUGCUUUUUAUAACUAUUUGAAAGAUGUCAAAAUUGGAGAGAGAUUGCUCAGUCAGUGGUUAUUCUAUAUUUGUUAAUUACUUGCCAGACGUUAGAUUUAAUCCUUAUACUGCUACCCAAAAUAUUAAAAUUUGCUUAAAAGAAUACAGACAUCAACUGUAAGUGGCCAGAUCUUGAAUGCUGCAAGUUGCUUCCUUAAGAGUUAAAAGGUUUCAUUGGAAACACUAGCCAUGAAAUUAUUCAACCCUCCACAUUGGCUUGCGGUUAGACACUCUGGAACCCGGGAAAGUGGGAAAGCUGCACAUUUUAAAAAGUAGGCUUUUUUAACCUGAGAAAGCACUUCUCUCGGAAUUUCUAGGUUCUCCAAAUUUGUACUUGGAAGACCUAGAAAUUCCUAGAGAAUUUGUCGACAUUUUACUCAAUCAGAAUGAUCAUCAACAAAAAGUCAAACUCACAGAUGUGGACGCCGACUGUACAAGACAGACGUGAUUUAAGGAGAUGGUUUUUGUACAGGACCAGUUCCUUCAAUUGUAACUCUUAAGUAGCCUUCAAUACUUCCUGGGUAUGUUUGAGGCUUUUUACUUGUCAGCUUCUCUAGCUGCCACCCUGUUUUGAUCUUAACUAGGAGUAGGCACACAUUUACUUAGCCUCCUCUGAACCAGUUCUGUUAAUGUUUAUAGACAAUCAAAAAAUUAUUGAAAGAGCCUCCUACGGCAGGUACUGCCAGCAUAUAUGUAGAUCUGUUUGUUGUAAUUGCUCAUUGAACAUGCACUUUCCCUGCUUUGUUCUUUAAAAAGAAAAUAAUAUGUAUAUUAUGUUGUCUCUCCCUCUUGCUAUAUUUUUCUUUGAUUUUAAUUUAUAUAUAUAUAUAUAUGUACCGUAUGCGUGUAAACUGAGGAUAAAAUUCAAAGGUGGCAAAAUAUGCACAUGAGAAUUGCCUCUUGGAGCUCCUCCUUUGCGGGAUAGUUGCAUAACUUAAAGGGUUUGGAAAUAUUUUAGAUGGAUUAUUUUACUUGGAUUUUUUUCCACUGUAAAUUAUUGUACAUAAUUUUGUGGUACUUCAUGAGGGUUUUAUGUGGUUGUAAGAAAAUUAAAAAUACUUAAAUUGG